AUGUCCAAGUCACUGCUCGAUUUCGAGUUUGAUGAAGUUGUAAAGGCAGAACUCAACAAAUGGAAAGUCCCCGGGUUGAGCAUCUCCGUCGUCCAAGGCUCCCAAACCUACGCUAAGGCAUACGGGCUAGCAGAAUAUGCAAAUGACGACGAAGGUCGGCCGUCACGCCAAAUGACUACAGAUGCUUUGUUUGCAGCAUGCAGUACCACCAAAGCCUUCACGGCUGCUGCCGCUUCAAUCGCAAUCCAAGAAAGUCAAAGUACCAAACAUCCAAUCCACUGGGACACAACGGUGGCGUCCUUGAUACCAGAGGACUUCGUUCUCGCCGACCAAGAUGCUACUCAUAACGUGACGAUGGAAGAUGCCCUCUCACAUCGUACAGGAAUUCCCCAGCACAAUUGGACACUGGCCCUAUUUCCCGGCAAGACUGCAACAACAGGUUCAGCAGUUCGGGCUAUGCGACACAUGUCUCUCGCAACACCAUUGCGCAGCAAAUACCACUACAGCAACCACAUGUUUAUUGCUGUAUCACAUGCACUGGAGCGCCAUACUGGGAUUCCACUAGGAGAGUUCCUCAACAAUCGCAUCUGGGAGCCUCUCGGCAUGAAUAAUACGUAUUUCACCGCGGCGGAAGUAAAGAAAAGCCCAUCAAGUGCAGCGAAGCUUGUACAAGGAUAUGAUUGGAUUCCUACAGACGAUGGCGGCUCGUUUCUCCCAAGGCCAGACAAUGACUGGCCAGCCAACAGCGGUGCCGGGGCGAUGUAUAGCAAUGUACUGGAUUAUGCGCGCUGGGUGAGAGAACUCAUUGAAAUGGAAGGACCUCUGAAGGGACACCAAACACUGCUGGAUCCACGGACAAUUCAUUUUGAGAACGGGGAUGUGAACUUGCCUGCCCCAUUUCAUGCAUACGGGCUGGGAUGGUUUGUUGACAAUUAUCGAGGCCACUAUCUUUAUAGCCAUGCCGGAGGUUGGCCCGGGUAUGGUAUUUACGUAGGUUUUGUGCCUAGCAUGAAAUUCGGUUUUGUGAUUAUGGGCAACUCUUCGUCUGCACGAUAUGCCGCAUUCAGACUGUUCACGUUCCUUCUGGAUAAGCAUCUCCAGCUGCCGGUCGACCCUAUCUACGAGGGACAGCUUGCAGAAGCCAUAGCGAAUCAGAAUAAGGAGUGGCAAGCGGGGUUCACGAACGAGAAGAUCGAUGUUUCGAAGCAACGACUCUUCCCCCGGUUGCCAGAUCCGCCAAUACCUCACACUUUGUGCUUGGCCAGAUACGCUGGUACUUAUCAGCACCCAGCAGAGCUUGAUAUCGUUCUCAGAGCCGAGCCGGGGUGUUUGACAGCUGAUCUACAAGAUCGAGUCAUUCCUUGUGAGCUUUCUCUCGUCCACGCUAGUGGAGAAUUCUUUAUUGGCAGGCUUCAUCGGGAAGGGCUUGACUUGCUGCCACCGUUUUCCGUCGAGUUUUGCUUGAAUGGCGAGGGUCUGGUGGAUAGGGCUGGCUUAUUGAUAGAGCCUGAUAUUAAAGGAGAAAAGGUCUGGUUCAAUCGGGUCGAGUGA